UCCGUUUCGGGUCCCCGGAUGUGUGGACGUUAAAGUAGGCUAUAAAGAGCUCGCGGAAGGCGGGAGCGGAGGCAGUUUUGAACUGGUGGCGGCGCACCGUAAAAGGAGGUCUCGGCUGGGCGAGGUUAAGAUCUCCAGGUCGCUGCCUACCUUCCUCCCUCCGCCCGCGUGCGAAGACACCUCGUUCAAGAUGGCUGGUGGUAAAGCAGGAAAAGACUCGGGGAAGACGAAGACUAAGACGGUCUCCCGUUCGCAGAGAGCUGGCUUACAGUUUCCUGUUGGCCGUAUUCACCGCCAUCUGAAAUCAAGGACUACGAGUCAUGGACGUGUGGGGGCCACUGCUGCUGUUUACAGUGCUGCUAUUCUGGAGUACCUUACUGCUGAGGUUCUUGAACUAGCGGGAAAUGCAUCCAAAGACUUGAAGGUUAAGCGUAUUACUCCUCGCCACUUGCAGCUUGCAAUAAGGGGUGAUGAAGAACUGGAUUCUCUAAUCAAAGCAACAAUUGCUGGUGGAGGUGUAAUUCCACACAUCCACAAAUCUCUCAUUGGAAAGAAGGGACAACAGAAAACAGUUUAAAGGACUUCUUGGACUUUUAAAUACUCACUUGUCCAAUGUUAGUGGAUAUCCAGUGGACUGCAUUUGUGAAACACAUUUUUGCCUUUCUGUAACCUUGAAGAUGGAGCCCAUCGAGCUUUUUAAGAAACCAAAACUCUACAUUGAAGUCUUAACCUUAUUUAAGUGUUACAUGGCUUCAGAGAAGCUGUUGUCUGUAGUGUUCUUGGCUGUUUUAGAUCUGUUUGAUUUUAAUGAGAUUCUUGACAUUGUUGCUAAUCAAUAGAUUUUAUGCUUAUACACCAUGCAGUUUAACUACAGAAGAUUCUUGUCACUGGCACUAAUUUUAUUUAAAUACAAUUAGCUGGUGGUGAUAAACUCCAAUAACAGGAUAAUAUGAAUCUCUUGUAGUUAAAAUGAGCAGGUUUAAAGAAGCAGGUACAGCACUGGUUUAUUGUACAAACAGUAUUUCCAUUCUGAAGAAAGAAUUCAAUAAAUGUUAUACCAUUAUGAAGUUUCUGCUCUGGUUAAGCAGUAACUGUUGCUUGAGCCAUGAUUAGCUUGCUGGCCAAGUGAAUAAGUUGGGACUGUCUUAAUAUAGAGUAAGCAGGAUAUUGACUACAAGUGUCUUGUUGAGGAUAUCUACUCUGGUGUUGUAGCUGCAUGUUCCCUGCUAUGAAAUAAAAUGUAAAUGCUGCUAUUGAUUUCAGGUAGA